AUGAAGUUGCUAGAAGGACAGUCAUUAACGCUGCCCGUGGUCAGCGCGUUGCUAUUACUAUGGCUUCUAUACCGCACCAUUCUUUUCUUCCGGUUCCAUCACAAAUACAACUUUCCCAAUCUCGUGCCCGGAGUCCCUCUGUUUGGGAACAUGCUGCAAAUCCCAACCGACACGGCAGAGCGGCGCCUGUACCUCCACAAGCUGGCCAAGAAAUACGGUGAAAUGUUCACGCUCAAGGUGGGCUCCAACUACUGGGUGUUCAUGAACUCUCAGCGUGUUGCAAAUGAAAUCCUCGAUAAGCGUGGGGCGCGGUACAUUUCGCGGCAGAAUCUGCCCAUGCCCGGAGACGUUGCCUCUGGAGGCAAACGCGUCGUCUUCAUGCCCUACGGCAACCUUUGGAAAAACCGCAACGUGUUUGCCCCUCUGCAGGAUGUCAAGUCUCGAGCGCUGCUCCAUCAGUACCUUACCGAGCCGGACCUGUGGAACCAGGCUCACGCUCGCUACGCCAGCUCCCUCAUCAUGAGCAUGGUGUUUGGGCGAAGAACCAAGCUGGGCGACCCCAAUGUCGAUAGGAUCAUUGAAACCAACAACGAGAUCAUGAAGAUGUUUGAGCCUGGCUCUAACUUGAUCGAUUCCUUCCCAUUCCUGGCAUCUAUCCCUCUCCCGCGCUCGAUUCAGCCAUGGAGAUGGUGGGGAGACAGCGUUUUCGAGCAAUCCAAGAAGAACUUUAUGGAAGAGUUCGAGAGCCUCGCCGAGCGACAGCGACAGGGCAAGGAUGUAACCUGCUUUGUUUCCGAGUUCCAGAGGCUCGGAAGAGACAAGUCGCUUGAUUAUGAGUCGACGGUGUUUCUCGCAGGAUCCCUCAUUGAAGCUAGAUCCGACACUACACGUAUGGCUUUGAAUCAGCUCAUGGCCGGGGCAGCACUCUUUCCUGACUCGGUGCGGCGUGCACGACAGGACCUGGAUGAGGUUUGCGGUGCUAACGCUGAGAGACUCCCGGUUGCGAGUGAUAUUGCCGAUCUGCCCUACAUCAAAGCGGUCAGCAAAGAAGUUCUUCGAUGGAAUAUCUCAUUCCCCGAAAUUGCCCAUUCAUUGAUCGAGGACGACUCUUUCGAGGGCUACAACCUCCCAGCCGGAACCAACGUCAUCUGGAACAGUUGGGGCGUGCACAUGGGGGGAUCUGAGUACGAGCAGCCGGAAAGAUUCUGGCCCGAGCGAUUCCUAAACGAGGACCUAGACAAGCCGCUAAAGGGGCACUUGGCCUUUAGAGCAGGCCGUCGAGUCUGUCCCGGAUGGGUCAUCGCUAGCAACAGCCUUCACUUGCUGAUCGCGCGCGUCCUAUACUGCUUCGACUUCCACACGGUUCCGGGGCAUCCGAUCCCGGUCGGCAAGCCGUUUGAGAUCAGCACAGAGAAGCCAUACGAGGUAAAGGUCACGGUUCGAAGUCCGGCUCACGCUGCCCUGAUCCAGAGGGAGUGCACAGAGGCAGCAAACAUUGAGUAG